CCGUAUCGUAAUGUGAAUUUUUUUGAGAGACCGAGACGUACAUACUUUUGUUGCUGCCAAAGUGGAUGUGGACGGAGGAAAAUAGUAAUAUUUAACUGCGUUGCGGGAGCGGGACAAUCGUCGUUUGCCAAUUGCGGCCACCGCUUAUGUCGGCUAAUCGGCUAUCAAUAAUAUUAGUAAUCGUAUCAAUAUCAAGUUACCCAUUACCCAUCGCGGAUACACAUUAGUUUUGCGAAGGGCAGAGCAGCGCAGAGCAUAUAGCGAAUAUUUCCAUUUGUUGCCAACAAGACUGUCGUUGUUGUUGUUAUUAUUGUGGCUUUUCAGUGACUGGGGAGAGCAGUGGGGGUGCGUUCGUAAUCCUUGUGAAAAAUCGGUGACCGUUCUUCUUAAAAAAAAAGCGAAAGAAAAAACCAUCGCGAUAAGAAAAUAUAAGAAAGAAAAAUCUGAUUGAAAACCAAAGAGCUGCUGCUACUGCUGCUGUGCGAGUGAGAGCGGUCGAGAGGUAGCUAGUGAGCGAGUGAGAAAGCUAUGUAUUGCAUUUGCAUUUCGUUGUGUGUGUCGUCGUUUUCGUUCGGUAAAAGUCGGUAAAAAGCAGAGCCUUUCCAAACCUAACCACUUUCGGGUAAACGGAAUCGGAAAAGGAACUGGGAAAAUCGAAAGAAAUUAAAUAAUAAUAUGCGUUACAUCGAUGGCAACAACAACAACAACAGCAGCGACCAUCAGCUAGCGACUCCUCUCUGAGCGAGAGAGCUAAUAGCUUUUCAGCUUUAGCUUUUCUUGGGCCAAUCGGAAAUUGUAUUUCAUUGAUUGCAAGAGUACGAAAUCAAGAAGACGUACAUAUUUGUUGUUAAGAAUCCGUUCCUAAUAUAAGUAAAUUGCUAGAACAAUGGAUGAAUUUUCGGAGAAUAUAGAAAGAAUUGCCCUCGAGUUGCUGAGCAACUUGGUUCAUGGCAAUGCCACUCUUAGUGUUCCCCGAAAUUCAUCCGGAAACGUGAUCUCGGAAUAUCGACGAGUCAGCUAUAAUAAUCGCGGAAGUCGCCAUAGCUUUUGCGUGCUGAUUUACAUGCUCUCCCGGGUGCACCGAUUGCAAGUCCGCGGAGGAAGUUUCACCGUCCGUGGACUAUACUAUGACAAUCCUCUGCUAGUCCGGUCGCAGUCCAGGAUUGCCGAAGCCAGGCUAGAUGUCUGUCGUAUGCUGAGGACAUCCCCCCUAAGCUUGGGCAUACUGGCCGCCUCCAAGGGCCUGGUGGCAGGCGACUUAAGGCUGCUGAUGACCAACGGAGACGUUCUGGACAGCAGCUUGUAUGGUGGACCUCUGACAUUGCCCACGGAUCCCGAGAAGAUAGAUCGAAUCGAAACGCUGGCGGAAUUUGUGCUAAUCGUUGAAAAGGAGUCGGUUUUUGAGAGUCUCUUAUCCAGAAAUGUAUUUGGUACUUUUGAACGACGCUUCAUCCUUAUAACUGGAAAAGGAUACCCCGAUUGCUGUACCCGGAGGAUUGUCCAUCGGCUCACCGAGGAGAACCAACUGGCGGCCUACAUUCUCGUUGACGCCGAUCCAUUUGGCGUCGAGAUAAUGCUAGUCUAUCGCCAUGGCUCGAAGUCCAUGAGUUUUUCCAGCCAAGGACUAACCACACCUGCGCUGCGUUGGAUUGGUCUACACCCCUCGGAGAUUCCCGCACUCGGCACUGGAGCGGUUGCCCUGGUUGCCGGCGACAACAAGAAAAUCAAUGACCUCCUCGCCCGCCACGAUUUGGAGCCGGGAGUGCGGCAGGAACUGCGCAUGCUGCAGGACGUUCAGCUGAAGGCCGAAAUCGAGAGUGUCAUCGACUUCCUGACCGACGACUAUAUACCAAAUAAAAUCAAUCGGAACUUGUUUUUGUAGAGUUCAGUGGUAAACCCCAUAAGCCAAAUAUUAUUACUCUUGAAAUAUUAUUAGUUAGUUUAAAAUAUGUUGUAGGUAUAGUAAUAUAGUAAUUAGUUUGUAAAAAACGUAUCUCUAUAAAGAUACCAUAAGACUCCUAAAAAUAGUACUGUAAAAGUUAGUUCGCGUAAUCAGCUUUCCAUUAAUAUUUGAAUUAAUUAAGAUAGUAAUUUAAUAAUUAAAUUCCCCAUUCAUUGGGAUUCCGAUUUUGUUGCUUAUGUUAUAAAAUGUAAUGUUUAAUUUCAAUGCAGCUUUAAUAACGUCAAUAUAAUAUUACGACUAAUUAAUAUUAAAGUACCUUAAGAUCCUUGCCUUUAGAAAACAUAAUUUUAAUAUUUGGAUAACGGAUAAUAGUAAUUUACACUCGUAAUGUCUGAGU